AUGAAGAAGCAAUUACUAGACGGCGCCCUCGACCUCGUACUCAUUCCUGUCCUCUCCACGUCACGUUACUCCAUGGCCGACACGGGGCCCAGUCUUAUCUGGGUGGCCGAGCUAUGGGUUCAAUACUAUCAGGCUUUCCUUGUCAUCCUCACCAUUCUGCUUUCCCUCUUCUGCUACUCCCUUCUGGCACCCUGCUGCAGGUCCCUCUGGAGGCAGUUCACGGACAACAAUGUUUUCUGGAGGACGUUUGGGGCAACGUGCAUGGCUCUCCUCUUGUGCAUAUUGCUACCCCUUACCGUUGCCUGGUUUGUCUGCAGUGGGGCGCAAAGUUGGUCAAUCACCACAUCCCCUUCCCGGCUGGCCUCAUCCUAUCCUCCGAUCCCAAUGGUUCCCCCUGUUCAGUGCCCUGAUGGACGAUCCAACGAUUGCCACGCUCCUACAGUCUACAAGCAUAUUGAGCGUGGUGUCGUCGACUGCAGCAUGCGAGCUUUAAUCCAGCGUGAGUGGGUCCGCGAUGAAACCAUUCCAGGAUCCCAGAUGAUUGCCCGCUCGCUGUCAGCAGAAUGGGAGGCCGCUCAGCGUGCACUAGACGUCCAUCAUGAUUCACUGCGACUGUACGUCGACAAGGAAGCCGACGUGAACAUGGCCAUGCACCGUGCUCUCCAAUUGUUUGCCGAGCUGUCGUGGAGCCGGAAUGUGCCCACUAGCUAUGCGGAACAGCAGCUUGGACAUGCCACGUGGAAUGGGUCAUCUAUUAUGUGCGACCUCUACACCUCUCUUUUCUCUUCACGAUCUACUUACAUUAAAGGUCUUGUUAGACUGGGUCUCAAUAACUCGAUGAGUACUAUGUUACGUGCAACUAUGCGAACGACAUUCGUGGCGAACCAACAUUGGAACAAAGACGUCUUUUUCCUCAAGUGCUGGUACAACCUACACCACAGAUGCAAGGUUGGCGACAUUCUACCAACUAACCAACACGAUUUCAAGAUGAUGUUCGAGAGAGCGCAGAACCGUAAACAGAGUUGGAACACUUUUGCCACGGAUGCGUUCGACCGCUACCUCAAGGAAGAAUCCCGCGUCCUGGACCACCUUGACAGAGAACAACGGGGCAUCUGCGCCGCUGCCGAGGUGGAAGCUCGUAAGCGCCGCAACGGUGAACACUACCUGGCGACUGAACCGCGGUUGUCCUCAGUUACACAAGGCACAGUACCGCUGAUCGAAUUCCAAUACGCAGAGGCGGUUUGGUACAUUGGCCGCUUAAUCCGGGGACCAGCUCGUAUAGCCGCGGUCGAUCCUCCGGAUCCGGACACGUGGUUUGGCGACGACAAAGAGCAUGCAUCUAAGAAGAAGUCUAAGCUGUAA